CCAAAUGGUUCGCUCUUCUCCCUCGUUCUGUCAAUGGCCAUAUUCUUGCUAACCGAUGAAGAACCAAAUGUCGACGCUUCCUUUCCAGUGCUAGGAUUAGUACUCUUAUGCAGAAGAACAAAUCUUCAAAUUCUCCACCAAAUCAAAGCAAAAAGAACCGAUAAAAUCAAUGGCAUCGUCAACAUCAAAGCUGGCGUUUCGUAUAGUACUGGCGGUUCUCCUCCUCUUGGCUCUCUUCUACGUCGGCCGUCCGCUUUACUGGAAGAUCUCCGCCACCGUCCACGACAUCCGCCACAACAAACAAACCGUUCAAGAAGGUAUUUCACAGAUAAUGCUGGAGGCUCAGAGAUCAGUGGGGUGGUUUAAUGACGAAUCAGACUCAGGAAUCCAUGAAAAUCGUGGUAAGCAAGCUUCAAGGAGAUUGAAAUUUAGGGUUUUGUGAUGGGAGUCCCCCCUUUUGAUUCUUAUGUUAAUUAAUGGAGUUUUAUCUCAUAAUUUUAAUAAGUUUAGUUUGAUUUAGCUCUUCUUAUUAGAAUUUUUUUGAUGAUGUUUUAGAUUGGAAAUGGGUUUUUUUAGAGGAAAAUGUGAGAGUUUUGAUGUUGAAUUAUUAUAGUUUUACUGCAGUUAAUGCAUAUGGGAUUUGAAUA